AUGCUGCGUCGGCGAAGCGAUGCCUCCGACCUCCCUCCCCCUCGCUGCUCGCUGUCAUCUAUGUCUCUCCCUUUCAUUCCUUCCCUGCCGCUCCCCAUGUCUCCUUUUCUCUUCUCUCCCAACUCUGACUCAUUCCUUCUGCUUCUCUGCAACUUUCCUCCCUUUCCAUCUUCCCCGCUCCUCCAUUCUCUAUCUUCCCUUCUCACCCGUUCACUCUCCUCCCUUCCAGGUCCUCCCGUCCCUCUCUUUCCCUCUCCCUCCUUCCUUUUUUCCCUUGUUCUCCCUUCCCUCUCUUCCUCUCCUCCCGUCCCUCCCUGCCCCUCUUCUCCCCCCUGCGAUUUUCUCAUUCCAACUCCUGUCCCUCCAACCGAUUCCCCCUUCCCCUAUCUGCCCACCUUCUGUCCUCACAACACCACCCUCCUUCCCCUCACUCUCGUCUUCCCUGAAUCCUCCCUCACACCCAUCUGCUCACUUCUUUCCUCUUGCCCUCCCUCACACCCAUCUGCUCACUUCUUUCCUCUUGCCCUCCCUCACACCCAUCUGCUCACUUCUUUCCUCUUGCCCUCCCUCACACCCAUCUGCUCACUUCUUUCCUCUUGCCCUCCCUCACACCCAUCUGCUCACUUCUUUCCUCUUGCCCUCCCUCACACCCAUCUGCUCACUUCUUUCCUCUUGCCCUCUCUCACACCCAUCUGCUCACUUCUUUCCUCUUGCCCUCCCUCACACCCAUCUGCUCACUUCUUUCCUCUUGCCCUCCCUCACACCCAUCUGCUCACUUCUUUCCUCUUGCCCUCCCUCACACCCAUCUGCUCACUUCUUUCCUCUUGCCCUGACUGA